AAAUGAAAAAAAAAAGAAAAUGCUGUCACUUAACCUAAACCUACAGCUCAAUAAUCAAAAACAAAUCAAAUCAAAUCAUAAUUUCUAUAAAAAAAUAAAUAAAUGCAGUCAUUAAACCUGCAGCUCAACAAGGUUUUUGGAGAUAUGCUCACUUUCUACACAUUCAUCUUUCAGUCCAAGUUAUGAGCGGUGAGGUACAAAGAUGUGUGCACAUACACAUAAGGAGAGCGCGCGAUUGUGUCACACACACACACACACACACACACACACACAGUCUCUCUCCAAACAGUGGCAAAGACACUUGAGAGCCAGCAGUUUGUUUGUUUUUUAAAUGACGUGAUUUUGAACAGAUGUAAACAAUGGCAGGAGGCUUAAAAUUAUAGACGUGAUACCAGCUAAAUUUAAUCAUUGUACUAAAUCCCAGAAACGUAGUACUUUAGUCUGAUUCCCCGCUCUGUGAAGUAACUUGAGGGAGGAAAAAGUUCCAGGGAUUCACCUCCUUCGGCCAUCAUCCUACACACAGUUCUCAACGAAUCAGAAACCCUAAAUUUAUACGGACAUAUAAGCUUGAUUUUGCCACACAUCAGUUGUCAUAAACAUCUUGGGAAUGGAUGUGAACGCUGAGGCCAGCAUUCCCACUGCUGCUCCUGGUGCUGUGGAGGAAGAACAGCAACAGCAACAAUCAGAGCAAGAGACCAGUCAGCAACCAGGUACAGAGUCGGACCUCACCGCCAACACCUCACAGCCAGUCAAGACCGAGCAACAAGAUCCACCCCCCACCACAACACCUACCCCCGCUGGAGACCCCGCCCCCUCUCAGGAUGCCCCACCCAGAGAUGAACUGACAGUCAUCGACGAGAAUAUGGAAACAAGUAAUGGUGUUUGCCCUGGUCCUAUCGAAAGGUCUCCGAGCGCUGCUUCUCCUCCGCGGCAGCAGCAUGCCAAGCCCAACCAUCCGCACGCAAACGGGCGAGCCAGGCUGAGCAGCCGCUCCGGGUCAGUGAGUCACAUGGGGUCACCUCGACCGUCACUCACCCGACAGCCCAGCGCGGCUACCGAUGUCGGAGACGGAUCCAAACCCAACGAUUAUCUCAUAUGGGCGAUUCUGGCCUGCCUCUGCCCUGUCUGGCCCAUUAACAUUGUCGGCUUGACCUUCUCAGUCAUGUCUCGAAACAGUCUGCAGCAGGGCAAUAUGGAUGGGGCGCGUCGUCUUGGCCAGAAUGCAAAAAUCCUGUCCAUCGUGUCAUUGGUGGGUGGGAUUGUCAUCAUUAUUAUUACUAUCGUCAUCAACUGGGGAGUAAUACUUAAGACCUGAUGGCCAUCACGACACCAACAACCAAUCCAUGAUGACCCUUUUCUUCUUCCAUGUGUCAUUCAUCUCUCUACAUCUGAAUGCUCCUGAAUGCUUUUUCAGUUGUUUUGUACUUUAUCUGAAGA